UUAUUUUAUAUAAGGCUAUAUAAAAUAAAGUUUAAGGAUAUAAAAGCUUGACACGUGAAUUCUAAGUCAGUGUCCGAGACAAUACUGCAGUGAGAGAGAUGGCGCGUUUACUGACAAUUGUGAUAGUUCUGGCUUUAGUCGCUUGUGUUAUGACGGCACCAGGACGUAGACGCAAGCACAGAAACAGAAUAUCUGCUUCAAAAGGCAGUUUAGCAUUAGGAAACUUAUCCGGAGGCAGCUUCGGAGCUGGCUCCUUCAGCAUCGGCCACGGUGGUACCAGUAAAGGCAAGGGGGACGGAGGACAUGGUGGUAACCAUGGCACCAACUCCUAUGGAGGAUCAGGCGGAGACGAGGGCCACAACAGUUACGCCUAGUUUAUUAAGUGUAGGUCUUUGACCCAAAUAGAGUAGAUGAAAAACUAACAUACGUUUUGUUCUGGAUUCCUAUUGGUUUAGGAAUGUGGCUCAAAGUUACCUCCUAGGGUCAAAGAAACCCAAUAUUACCGGUAUAAGUCUUUAAUAGGGUAGAUGACUAAUUUUUUAUUUUAAUGUCCGUCUUGUAGAUUAUUUUCAAAUAUACGACAAAUAUGGACACGUAUUUUUUUUUUCUUACGGAAAUAAAUAUUUUCGAUGAUAUAUCGAUUUGAAAUAUCGCGUGAUUUCACUUCGACGUACAUUUUAUACGUAGCGAUAACGUAUUUGCACCCACUCCUAAACUUUGUUUCGUUUCAUCUAAGUAUUGUUAUCUUACAUGACAGAAUAAAAAAAUACGGGUCUAAUAUUUUUUUUUAUUACCUAACUGACGGACUAAAUAGAUUUUUAAUUUUUAUGCCCCGUGAUCAUUCCUAUUGUUUUGUCAUUUACACCAAGCUGCUGUUCAAAGUUACAUAAGCAAUUAUUAUGUCAUUCUAGUGUCGCAAAAAUUCCUGUUAAAACCUUAUUCUUAUUAGAUAGAUGUGAUUUUAAUAUAGUCCUUAUAUUAUUGUAAACAUUUAGUUAAAAUAAAUAAUAAUAUUUC